AUGGUACUGUUGGUGGCCAGCAGCAAUAGGACCAUGGUGACCGAGUUCCUCUUCACUGUGUUCCCAAGCCUGCAUGAAGGCGGCCUCCUUUUUUUUGUGCCCUUGCUUCUUGUUUAUAUUUUCAUCCUCUCUGGGAACCUGAUAAUAUUCAUUGCAGUCCAGCAGGACAAGGCUCUACACACACCUAUGUACUUCUUCAUCAGCGUCCUCUCCUUCCUGGAGGUCUGGUACACCACCAGCACCAUCCCCAAGAUGCUCUCCAGCCUGCUGAGUGAGCAGAAGACCAUCUCCUUGACCGGCUGCCUGCUACAGAUGUACUUCUUUCACUCGCUGGGCAUCUCUGAGGGCUGUGUGCUGACUGCCAUGGCUGUGGACCGCUACCUGGCCAUCUGCAGCCCGCUCCGCUACCCCACCAUGAUGACACCCCGGCUGUGUGCCCAGCUCACGGUAGGUUCCUGCCUCUGUAGCUUCCUCCUGGUGCUCCCUGAAAUUGCUUGGAUGGCCACACUGCCCUUCUGUGGCUCCAACCAGGUGCAGCAGAUCUUCUGCGACUUCACACCUGUACUGCGCCUGGCCUGCACAGACACGUCCCUGGUGGUAAUUGUUGAUGCCGUGCAUGCAGCCGAGAUCCUGGGCUCCUUCCUGGUCAUUGCCCUGUCCUAUGUGCGCAUCAUCACCAUCAUCCUGGGCAUGCCCUCUGCUGAGGGUCGGCACAAAGCCUUCUCCACGUGUGCAGCCCACUUGGCCGUCUUCUUGCUAUUUUUUGGCAGCGUGGCUGUCAUGUACCUGCGCUUCUCAGCCACCUACUCGGUGUUCUGGGACACAGUCAUUGCUGUCACCUUUGUCAUCCUAGCCCCCUUCCUCAACCCCAUCAUCUAUAGCCUGAGGAACAAGGACAUGAAGAAUGCCAUCGCCAAGCUCCUCUGCACUCAGAAGGCCGAUGGACUUGGGUGGCGGUGCUAA